AUGAAGGUCAUAUCCGCGCACGUCACUGGCUUUUAUCGCUCCUCCUUCCACGCGUACACGACCGAGGUGAACGUGGACGGCCACCGUUGGCGCCUCGGACUGCGUUACAGCAAGUUCCAUGAGUUUUACGGGGAGCUGGUGGCCAAAGACUCGGAUUUCCAUGCCGAAUUCCCGCCGAAGGGCACGCUCUUCUUCACGCCCAAGCCUGAGGAACGGCAGGAGCAACUCGACGUAUUUCUGCAGCAGGUGCUCGCCUACUACGCCGCCAAAGACCACCCCACUGAGAUCGAGAGCUUGCUAUGCGACCUGCUCAAAGUGCCACGCCAUCUCAAGUCCCCCGAACACGAGGACGACGAUGUCUCCACCAGCACCGAGAGCGUUCUAGAUGACCCGAUGCACGAGCCUCCAUCGGGUUCUGACAGUACUGUCUCGGUCGAGAAGCUGAGUCGGAAGGAGGAGGAAAAGUUUCAAGUUGCUGAUAUCAACUUAAAUGCACAAGUGCCAGUCCAGGAAACCAUGCCGGAAUCUCCCGUCGCGACGAAAGAGGAAAAGGCCGUUGCUUCCCCUGAACCGGUACAACCUGUUAGCCCUGUAGCUGAGGAGCGUCACUCAAAGGAGGAGACUGGGGUUCCAAGUGCCCGCGAUGAAGUAAAGGUUGCAGUAGUGGCGCCCACAUCUGCGGAGGAGACAGAUACCGAGAAGGAGGUGGUUGAGAAAGGUUAUGCUGCAGCUGAAGAGGUAACGGUUCGAGAAGUGGAGGCAACGCCCAUUGCACCAGAGAUCUCUGCUGAGGAGCAGACCAACUUGGCCACCAAGGCCGAAAAAGCAGCCGAGGAGCAGCACAUAAUUGUUCCUGAAAACCAAGCAGCAGAUGAUGUUGCUGAAACUCAUCCGGAGAAGGUUUUUCCUGACGAGUUACCGGUUGCUGAGCCCAUUGUUAAGGAGUCGGCACCAAUGACACCGCGGGAUGUUGAGCAGCCAGCACCACGCGAGAGCCAUUCGCUAAAAGACAAUGUGGAGCAGAAAGAGCUUGCCGCCAGUGGACGCGUGUCGACCUGGAUCGCCGCGUAUUUACCCAAGUCGCUCCUCGGGUUCCUCCGACACCGCUGCAUGAAGAAGACAAACCUGGUGAUGCUCUGCGUCGCGCUGCUGCUGCCCAUGGUGCUCGCGCGCAGAUAA